UGACAGCCAUUGUAAAAACUCAUCUGCAUACCGAUGUUGCUUUCCUGUGAUGCUCGGUCCCCACUUCUUUGAUUUCUUUUCAAUUCAACGAUUCAUGUUUCCGCGCCUUUUUAUUUAUUUCAGUAGUACUUCGGUUGAGAUUCAUCAACGCUCUUCGUUCAGAGACACAUUACCGGGCAGAUGUUGUCCAGUUCCCUACAGAGCAUCGCCAACCUAAAGUCAGUGCGCCUGUGCAGACACGAUGCGCCUUCGCUUCAGCGGCAGCUCAUCUGCAUAUCAGCUUGCAGGUUGGGCGAGAACACGAGAGCAGGGCGGGACUAUCGAACUCCUCCAGAUGCAGAGCGGCACAGGUCGGCCUGUGUACCUGUUUUCAAAAAAUAAGUAAAAAGACGUUUCCAGGUCAAGUAUGUGGGGGUUGGGGGAGUUGGAAAAGAACUGGAUGCCAUCUGACUGGUGAGGCGGGGAAAAUAGGUGCGCUUAUGUAACGUGGGGUGCCCUGAAACGAGUGAAAAAGUGACACUCAGUCCGAGGAGCUCUCCGAAAGCCUUUUUUCUACUGGUUUCUGUUCUCUGGUGCAACUAAAGGAAUACUGGUUCUGAACAGAUAAUAUGGCAGCAAAAACAGAAGCAAACACCGAUACAGAGGACCAGGACAAGGAAUAUGUGGGUUUUGCAACGCUGCCAAACCAGGUUCACCGCAAGUCAGUGAAGAAGGGAUUUGACUUCACGCUCAUGGUGGCAGGGGAGUCCGGCCUGGGAAAGUCCACCUUGGUCAACAGUCUCUUUCUCACAGAUCUUUACAAAGAUAGGAAGCUGCUCAAUGCGGAAGGUAGAGCCACAGCUUUUGAUGUACUUUUUGUCUUUUCGUGUGUCUUGGCUGACAUUGACAACAGUGGUGCGUUUGUGUCCUUUUCCGUAGAGAGGAUCACACAAACGGUGGAAAUCACCAAGCACACUGUGGAUAUAGAAGAGAAAGGUGUCAAACUGAAGCUCACCAUCGUGGACACGCCUGGGUUCGGGGAUGCUGUGAACAACACCGAAUGCUGGAAGUCCGUGGCCGACUACAUCGACCAGCAGUUCGAGCAGUACUUCAGGGACGAGAGCGGCCUCAACCGCAAGAACAUCCAGGACAACCGCGUCCACUGCUGCCUCUACUUCAUCUCCCCCUUCGGCCACGGCCUGCGGCCUUUGGAUGUGGAGUUCAUGAAAGCCCUCCACGAGAAGGUCAACAUCGUCCCCAUUUUGGCCAAAGCCGACACACUCACCCCUGCUGAGGUCAAGAAGAAGAAAUUCAAGAUCCGAGAGGAGAUCGAGCAGUAUGGUAUCAAGAUAUACCAGUUCCCUGACUGUGACUCAGACGAAGAUGAUGACUUUAAGCAGCAGGACCAUCAGCUGAAGGAGAGCAUUCCCUUUGCAGUGAUCGGCAGCAACACGGUGGUGGAGGCCAAAGGGAAGAGGGUGCGAGGCCGACUCUAUCCCUGGGGCAUCGUAGAAGUGGAGAACUCGGCCCACUGUGACUUCGUGAAGCUGAGGAACAUGCUCGUUCGCACGCAUAUGCAAGAUCUGAAGGACGUGACCCGGGAGACUCACUACGAGAACUACAGAGCCCAUUGCAUCCAGAACAUGACCCGCAUGGUGGUGAAGGAACGCAACCGCAACAAACUAACCAGGGAGAGCGGCACGGACUUCCCCAUCCCGGUGGUGCCCGCAGCCGGCGAUGAGACAGAAAAGCUCAUCCGAGAGAAAGACGAGGAGUUGCGGCGGAUGCAAGAGAUGCUGCAGAGGAUCCAGGAUCAAAUGCACACUCAGAAGGAAGGCUAUUAACGCAGGACAAGGGUUCACGUCUCCGUGUCCCCCUCCCACCCCCGGGAAAAAGCUUUUAUUCCAUCCUCGAAACGUGGACGUCCCGCUGUGUCCGGCCAACCACCACUGAACCUCAUCUGUAGCACGUCACACUUGGAUCGGGGAGCUGCGGGGAGGCGGUAAGAUGCUCUGACACCAUGGCCCCCUCCUCUGCUUUCUGAUUCGUCAACAUUUUUAAAGGAUUGAAAAAGAUGUUUGUGUGAAUAACAAGAGGCGAUCAGAUUUUUCAAAUGUAUGAACUUUAUUUAGUCACAUGAUCACAGGGUUAUUCUAUUUUUACAUGAGAUCUGAUAUGAGGUUUACAUGCCAUGGCCUACUCUAACUUUUUUUUUUUUUUUUUACAUAUUGUAAUAAUUUAAUUUUCUAUAUUACGCUCAUAAAUAUUUGUUGUAUUGCUUUUCAUCUUUUAUGUGUUCCUGGUUGUAUUUAAACUACACAGCUUGACAUUGUGUAUGGAUGACUGUUUUAUUUGUAUAUUUCUUCAUCUGAGGUUCUUGCUGUUUAAUUUGGUUAAAUCUUAAUCUGAGGAUUGUUUAGAUUCAUUCAAACGUCUGCGUAUCAUAGCUGCCACCGCUGCUUCCCAACAGGAUGGAUGUUAGUUGCUCCACUCAAUGCAGAGCUUACUGUACUGUUUGCUUAUCAGCAUUGGAAAUAAUCUACCUUUUAUAAACAAAAGUAGUAUAAAUUGCAGAAUUCCCCCAAAACAGACUUCUUCCAAAGUCUUUCCUCCAUAACAGCUGAUGACAUCUAGUCGUUGGGCGGUUUAGGAUUUAGGGGGCAAAGGUCGCAGAAAGGGCCAUGCAGUGUAUUUAUUUUUUGCAUGUGUUCUGUGAAGGGUUUUCAGAUUGCAGAUCAAUUUAGUGCUCAGGCGGUUAUUUUUGGACAAUGGAAAUAUGUAGCUAAUUAAUUGUUGGGGAGAAAAUACUGCGGAGGAGGUGUUUUUUUUUUAAUUUAAUUUAAUUUUGGUUGGUUAUAGUUGUGUCCAAGGGAUAUAAAAUGUGUACUAAUUGUUACGUUACAAAAGCCAACAAUGACAAACUUAAUUGAUUUGAGUUUUUCAAAUUGCAAAAUAAGUUUUGUAUUGACAAGCUAAGAGUAAUGAAGAAAAUGUGUUCCCAAAUAUAAACCAAUGGAAUGUUGUUUGUUAUGUUAAAAAAAAGACAUUCCACGAGCUUCUGUCCCAGAGUCAGGUAUUAGUUCUGUUUUUUAUAUCAAAUUUGUCAUUUGUUAUCCUACUUUUUGAAGUAUAUUUAUGUAAUAAAUUUAAAAAUGAAAUGCAAAUGGAGAGUGCGAUAUGUACAAAUUAUAAUAUCGUAAUAAAAAAUAAAUAUGAUUCCAAGUC